CAAGGAGCCGAGCGGACGCGAUUUUACCCGGGACACCCGCGGACUCCGGAGCCCAAGCGCCUAUGAUGGCCUCUGAAGAGGGAGGUGGAGCCCCCAAGUCUGCCCAGAGAUCUGGAAUGGAACCAUCACACCAUGAUCUCCCCAGUGAGGAAGCAGAAGUGUCUCCAGCCAGACAGUCAGGAGGUGAUGUGGGUGGACAAGCAGUGGGAAGAGUGGAUAUCUGCCAGUUCUUUUUGCAGGGCAGGUGCCAUUUUGGAAGUCGAUGUCGUCUCUUGCACAGUGCCUCUCCAUCUACAACAGAUGCCUUACAGGUCGUGGAAAAAAAGCAAGGUAGUGGACAAGACAAAGAGGGGAAAACCAAGAAGACUAGAAUAAAAAAGAAAGUACAUAAGGAUGUAACCCACUUUAAAGAGUUGGAGAUAGAAGAGCCUCCCAAAAAGCCCCGUAUGAGACCAGCUGCAGAUGUUGUUUCCCGAAUUUUGUGGGAUUCUUCUUUGGACCCCUCCGAUUUUGCUGUUGGCUACCUGGACCGUUUUUUAGGGGUUUUGGAGCGGCCGUUUUCAGAAUUUUCCUGGGACCGUGAUGUGUGCAACUGUGACUUCGCAGAGGAACUUGCUCUUCCCCAGCACAGGAUUAAAUAUUUCACCUACAAGGGAAAACGAAUUUGGGACAGAGAGAGCAGGAUGGAUGGUGUGUUUGGCUCCACAGGGGGAACACUUGAACUGCCCCUUUCUGCCGAAGAAGGUGUAGGUGAAGGGUUCAGUCUCUACAGAUGAAGUCUUAACCAAGCUGGGAAGUCUUGAACAGCGUAGCAAGUCAAGCAGAUACAAGCCCACUCACUUCAUUACC